AAGUGGCUUCACUUGAGCCUUGAAGGAGGCUCAGGGUGUUCACCUCCGGCUUCGGCACCAAGUCCUUGAAGGGUACUGAGCGCGUGUGAUCACCAGAGAUGGGAGGCAGGACCACGUGGCUGCUCCCGGCUCUGCUCCUUCUCCUCUACCCAGGUUCAGCUGCCAUCACGAGUCCAAAAGCAGCGAGAGGCCUAGAGCGGGGCUCGCUGACUGUGCAGUGUCAAUACGGCCCUGGGUAUAAGAACUACGUGAAGUGGUGGUGUCGAGGAGCUGACUGGGGCCGCUGCAAGUUCUUUGUUAAAACCACUGGAUCAGAGCAGGAGGUGAAGAAGGACCGUGUGUCCAUCAAGGACAAUCAGAAAAAUCGCUCGUUCACUGUGACCAUGGAGAAGCUCAGGCUGAACGAUGCAGACACUUACUGGUGUGGGAUUGAGAGAAUUGGAACUGACCUGGGGGUCCAAAUUGAAGUGACCGUUGACCCAGCACCAGGUGCAGUGCCGACCACCACCUCCACUACCACCACGUUCACAGCGCCAGUCACCACGGGAGACACCAGAGGCCACCCCUCCAACGGCGGCAGACCCCACGGAAACAGAAAAACUGUACUAAACGCUGAUCACGUGCCAACCACAAGCGGAGACAUGAAUCUACAAGUGAACAGAAGACUCUGGCACCCCUGCCCUGAUGUAUUUUUGCCACUUCUGUGGAAGGAAACCCUGGUACCAGCUCCAUCCCUCACCUCCCACGUGCAUGGCUGAAGAUGAGCAUGGCCUCACGUCCCCUCCUGGUCACCAGAGCCCUUCCUGUUAAUAGCUCCACAUUUUCUUUCCUCUUUUGCAUGUACUCAGUUUAACUGCUGCUCUCAUUUGGGGUACCGAGGGAGAUAACCCCAUGCAUUUGGGGGACGGUAGGGGUAAUUCAUCAGUCUGACACCUGAGUUAGAACAGACCAGCAGCUGUGAGCUACGGGUGCCUGGGGAGGGAUGAACCUGGGAAUACGGCUCCUCAUCCUUUUAAAGAGCCCUAGACCAAGAUUCCUCAGAUGUGAAUUAAGCUCUUUCUGACGAUUCAUUGUGGAGGAAGGGAGAGGGCACCAGGAGCUCAUUAAUGAAGAGAAAAGGACAGCUGUUCCCUUCCUCUUAAGCCCCUCUUCUGGGCUUUGACUUCUGGGCAGCUUCAAGACCAAAGAUGGAGGCCCCUAGAGCAGAGGGACCACUGAGCAGGGGCAGGAGAAGCAGGGGCACCCCAGGCCAGGAAGGACAGCUUAGGACACAGCUGGAGGAGACCUGGUCUGCAGGGAGACCCUGCUCCCUGCUGGGGCCCUGACACCCGAGCCAAGCAGCCCCUCACUUAAACUCCCUCUGCACUAUGCUUGGGCCCCAAGUCCCCCUUUUACCUUCUUAUUUUUAACAACGUAUUUAAACCGCUGCUUCCCUGCCCUGAAAGACGACGGCUUUUGCAUCUUACCUAACUUUGCCCUCCCUCCUCUUUCCAGUACUGAUUUGGUUAGUGUAGGAUUUUUGUAUUUAUGAGAUUUUUAUUCUGUUCUGUAAAUGUUUGAUAUGUAAAUUAAAAAAUAAUCAUUUAGUUCUUUUUCUAGUUUUCAAUCUAUUCAUUGCUCACCAUAGCUUCUGUUUUCUCAUGAUUUAACUUUUCCGUUUGUUGGCAAAUUUUCAUCACAAUGUAGUUUUUCUCUUUUUAAAUGGCUCAUGGGUGCUGUAUUUCAUAGUUCUUGCAGCCAUGAGAUUGUUGCUUGCUCAAAUAGUUGAAAAACAGCAACGCUGAGUAUAAAAUUCGUGGAACUCCCUGUCUUUUCCUCUGAACGUGUAGAUUUUCCUUCACUGUCUCCUGGGAUGCAGUGUGGUUGUGAUGUCUUUCCAUCACAUGCACAACUUGCUCUCUCUAAUUUGAUAUCCUUUCUGAUAUGAGCCCAUUAGAUUCUAUCGUUAUGCUUGAAGGUCUGUAAUUUCAGAAUAUUUUUGGUGUCCAUCAUCAGUAUCAGUUCUUUCCCUGGGACACUGUG